UCUUAAUCUCCGAUUAAAAGCCGUUUAUUUUACACGUGAAGAGCGCUGAGAUCUUUGUCAACACAAGUUAAUGGAAGACAAAGUAAUGGAAAGAAACGUAAUGGAAAUAAAAAGUAAUGGAAAGAAAAGUAAUGGAAAGAAAAGUAAUGGAGAGAGAAUUAAUUGAAAGCAAAGUAAUAGAAAGUCCCGGAAAGGGAGUCCCGCAGGUGGACACAUUAAUGCAAUGAAAUAUCCCGACAGCUCCUGUGGCGCAACUGGUGCCAAGCUGUAUCAUCCAUAUGUGGUGUUGACUUGGGUUAUCCAGUUGUGUGGAGAUUGGCGAGUUCAUAACAGGGCAUAAAGCCGAGGAACCAGUUCAUGACAGGGCAUAACGCUCAGAAACCAGUUCAUAACAGGGCAUAACGCACAGAAACCAGUUCAUAACAGGCCAUAAAGCCAAGGAACCAGUUCAUAACAGGCCAUAAAGCCAAGAAACCAGUUUAUAACAGGCCAUAAAGCUGAGGAACCAGUUCAUAACAAGGCCAUAAAGCUGAAGAACCAGUUCAUAACAAGGCCAUAAAGCUGAGGAACCAGUUCAUAACAGGCCAUAAAGCUGAGGAACUAGUUCAUACCAGGCAAUAAAGCUGAGGAACCAGUUCAUAACAGGUCAUAAAGCUGAGGAACCAGUUCAUAACAGGCCUUAAAGCUGAGGAACCAGUUCAUAACAGGCCAUAAAGCCAAGGAACCAGUUCAUAACAAGCCAUAAAGCCGAGGAACCAGUUCAUAACAGGCCAUAAAGCCGAGGAGCCAGUUCAUAACACCAUUGCAAAAUUUCGAAUAGAGGAAAAUAGUCAGCGGCAUCAAUUGGUCGUCUCCUCAUUGAUUGUCAAAACCUAAUUACGAGGCAACAUCUUGUUUUAUAAGUGAAGAGAGACGCUUAUAAAGAUACCAAAGAUAUAAGGCGCAAGUAUAGUUAGGUUACCCUGGCUUGGGGAACUCACGCUCCGGAGGUGAGUUUUACUAAUACUAAAUUCGUUGACAGGCGAUUUAGCUCUGUCGUGUUGUGUCUUUGGACAUACAAUUAAAUUAUGUCUUACAGUAAACUAGUUACAUUUGUUAUAACUUAUUAUAUGCUUAAGAUAAGAAAAUAAGAUAAGAAUAUAUAAUAAGAAAAUAAGAUAAGAAGGUAAGAUAAGAAAACAAGAAAUAAUUACGAUAAUUUAAGAUAAGAAGAGAAGAUACAAAGAUAAGAUAAGAUGAGAUUAAAUGAGUUAAGAUUAGAUAAGAUUGGUUAAUAUUAGAUAAGAUUAGAUAAGAUUAUAUUAGAUAAGAUGAUAAAAUGUGAAGUUAAGAUAUGAAGAUACGAUGAGAUAGAUAAGAGAAGCUAAGAUUAAGACAAGAACAUAAGAUAAGAAGAUAAAGCAAGCAUUAUAUUAGAUAAGAUGAUAAAAUGUGAAGUUAAGAUAUGAAGAUACGAUGAGAUAGAUAAGAGAAGCUAAGAUUAAGACAAGAACAUAAGAUAAGAAGAUAAAGCAAGCAAUGAUUCUUAUAAUUUACUUAGAUACUACGUUGAACGUUACGGUAAAUUAACAACUUAAUAUUUCCAUUUGUGACUCUUAACUUUUGAGUAGAUUUCAUGGUGAUGUAUGCAUUCGUGACACUUUCUGCCGUCAUUCUUGGAGUCGUGAUUAUUGGCCUGGCCUCUCCCCCUCCGGAUCCAAGCCCCGAUGUUCUCGCUUUGACCGGGGCAAUUUCAAGAUUCUCUCAAAAGCUGUACAAAGCCCUGGCCAAACAUGUCGAUUACAAAAUAGUCUACUCACCAUUUAGCGCACACCUCAUACUGUCCGUCCUUUACCUGGGAGCUAGAAAUACCACAGCAGAUCAAAUGAAAUCUGUUUUACAGGUUACAAGACUUUGUUUACAUUUUCAUUCAUAAAAUUCUAAUAAGGGAUUUUUGUUUUUCAAAACACUCAACAUGUUGAGCCAAUAAAGCAGAGAAAAAAUGUAUUCUUUUAAAAGGAUAUUAAAGGGAAAAUGAGAGGGGAAAAUGAGAGGGGAAAAUGAGAGGGUGCGUUGUGGUGGAGAACAUUAUUAUGUGCCGGGUAUUUUAAAAAUAUCAUUUUGUUUUUUUUCUAUUGUUUUAGACUUCAAGUUUAUCAAACUCCCAUGAGGUUUACAAAAGUUUGAUUGAGUACCUAAACACGGUAGCGAGAGAUGUCGUAUUUACUAAAAUUGAAGCUGUCUUCUCCCAAGAAGACAAAGUUCUACUCAAAUACAUUGUAAGCAUUUAAGCAACCAGUUAUAUCCUUAGAUCUAUAUAUCAUUAGAUCUAAAACGUUUUAAAGUGUAAUGCGAUCUGUUUGUCAAAAACGACGGAUGCCUUAAAACACGGGAUAUUAGAAUGAGCCAUCAGCUCAACGUCACAUUGGAGAUGGCGUCGGUGGGUCGUCGAGCGCGAGCUCUUAAUACCCCCUCCAGCACACCCACACACGGGCCGACUCGGGGUCUCCCCGCCGCCAGACCCGUGCGGAAGCACCCCGGAGACCUCCCACCUGGCCUGGGGGACGUCCGGUCGAAUGAAAACGCUGCGUUUAAAGCGUUCGCGGUCCACUCUCCUUGGCCUUGCUUCCUCUCCGGGGGAAAGGUGUUGCGCUACCUCCCCCUACCGUCCAGGGAGUCGUCCGUUCGGGACGUAAGCGGGAACGAAACGGUCGCCUAGGAGCGGCUUUUUCAGGGCCGCGUAGCUAAAAUCUUUGGCAAAGGUUCUAACCGCCACCAGGCCUCAUAUCCAUUAUCGGCAACAAGUAAUCAUGUUAUUGCGUUAGUUGCUUUGCGUUGGAAGUCAUGCAAGUGGCUGGGGUUUUUAGGUUCCGGAGAAAAGGCCUCCCUAAUAGUCUGGCAUGCCACGAAGAGGCAAACCCCAUGUGACACCGCCGAGUCGCCUCGGUGGUGCUGAACUUCGACCUAGAGACGUGCGGUCUCCGUCCAACCAGCCAUCAGCUCAACAGACGCAUCUAUUUAUAUAUAUUAUGGGUAUAUAUGAUGAUGAUGAGGAUUGAAUUCUUUUGUAGCCCUUGUAUCCGUGCUAUUUUAGCAUGCUCACAGUGCUCUGAUGUCCUAAACUCUAUUUCAAGAAAAAAUUAUGUUCACUUUGACCCCUUUUGUUAACAGUUUGAAAUAUUAAUACCAUCAGUAAUAAAAGAAAAUCAACGAUCCCCAAAAUGUAGACUAAACAAUUUAAAAUAUUAUUUGACUCUGAGCUUAUUGAAGGAUUUUUCUAUAAAAUAUUUUUAGAUAGUUCUCAUGUUUUGUCCAUACCGUUGUUUUUAUACUUGAAAUCAUGAAAUAUAAUCUAUAUGUUUCCCAGACGGAUGUAGACAACUAUUAUAAGUUUACCGGCAACAGUUACGCACGGCUUCCUUCUCGAGACAUCAGUUCUACAACGAUUUACAACCCGCCGAUAACCUUCAGCCAUAAAUUAGAUUUUAAUUGCACCUGGAAGUCACAGUUUAACCCAGGCAACACUAACAGGGGUCAGUUCAAAAACAAAAAAGGUUACGUCAAAGAUAUUGAUUUCAUGAACCAGGUCGGAACAUUUGGCGUCAAACUGUCUGCAGCCGAGAACGUGGACGUCGUGAGACUUCCAUUCGAGAACGAGAGAUUCGCUUUCUACGUCGUCUUACCGCGCACACUUGAAGAUUUCCCAUCCCUGGAAGAAAUAGUAAGUGCGGACAACUUUGAUGACAGCAUUUUCUUCAGUGGCGUAGAGGAAGCGUAUGUUAACAUCACCGUUCCAAAGUUUGACAUCUCAUCUUUUCAAUCUUUAGACGACGCUCUAGAAAACCAGGGCAUGGCCGUCGCCUUCUCCAAAGAGUCUGACUUCUCCGGGAUAAGGGAACAACCGAAUCCAAUAAAGUUUGUCAUGCAGUUGGCAGGGAUAGAAGUCUCUGAGACCGGCGCCAACACCGCUUCGAUGAGUUAUGUCAACAUGGGACCCGCCAGUUCACAAAACGAUCCAGUGAAACUCGUUGCUGAUCACUCAUUCAUAUUCUACGUCAGAGAUGACGCGAGCCGCCUAAUUCUUUUACAAGGCAAGCAGACGGACCCUUCAAAGAAAAUAUUUCACAUCGAUCCUUAAUAUUGUUCUUGCAAUAUUUUUUGAAUAAAUGAGUUUCAUU